AUGGAAUUCUUACAAAUUGCGUUACUGUUAUUAUAUUUAGGAAGUUCUCAAUCAUCGGUAUACACAAAUAUAAGAGAAACAGUCCAAUCGAUUCUAAACUCGGCAAGGGAUGCUGAUAACUCUCUUGAACGAGAACCUACAGUUCAACAAAAUGCUUUAGGAUAUUUCAGACAACAAAGCAGUGAGGCGGCCGACAACUUACGAGCUCGAGACAAAGCUGAUAUAUUACGAAAAGCAAGGACAAUAGAACACCGUUUAAAUAAUGGUCGUGACAUACCACCCAAUCGACAAUCAGGAGAUCCAAAAAUUGGUAAAGAAUAUUAUCACAUGGAUCCGGUAUUGAACCAUGUAAAAAGACGUAGUCGCAGUUCUAGUGAAAAAACCAGCUCUAGUCUCGAAAUGGAUGAUUGGAAGGAGGAAUUUAACAAUCUAUGGCUAGAGAAAAAGUUUGAGGCGAUUAACACCACUCGCCACGAGGGUGAUCAGGUUAACAUGGUAGCUGCUAGACCUUGGGGAGUUCCUUGUGGCGAUCCUAAUCAGCACGAUAUGCCUUGGGGCAGCUGCAUGAUGACUAGUGAAUGCGAACCUGAGUACCGCAUCUAUAGAGGAGAUUACUUCUGUGGCAGAACUUUGUAUAUUUGUUGCGCUCUUCAAUAUACCAAUUACGAUUUAUAUCAAGGCUUCGACGUAUCUUUCGCGGAAACAAGUUUCGAGACCGAUUCCGAAGAGAAGAAAGCAAGAGAAAAAGAUUCCAGAGAGAAUAGAAAGAAAAAUAAGCAUAAACAAAAGAGGAAGCGUGAAAAGGAAAGAAGGAGAAGGAAACGGAAAAUCAAGAAGAAAAUAAGAAGGAUCGUUUACGAGAUUAGAAAGAUAUUGAACAGGUCGUUCAGGAAUGCUUCGCAUCAUCGCAAGAAGAGAACUAUUAUUUUGAAAAAAUACAUUAAAAUGUUGAAGAGACAAUACAAAAAGGACCGCAAAUCUGUAAGAGACAUCCACAUCUAUGACAUGGAACGAAUUGACGAAGCAUUACAGAAAAGGUUGGAGCAAAUUAGAGAGGUCAAUAAAAACUUUAUGUUGAAUUCAACGUUCCGUGAUAUUCUUGUCAAUGGGACUAUCAACAAAGUAGGAGCGAGAAUGUUAGCACAAGCAUAUCCGGAUUUAAUAGAACUAUUACGAGGCAGGCUACGACGUGACGGUGGAGGCAAGGUCGAGGGUCAAGAGUCAGAUGGAAAAAACGACGACUAUCAAGGAUAUGACAUUGAGUAUGGAGCUCUUUAUUAUUGA